GGGAAGGUGUGCAGGGACAAGGCUCACUGCUGUUCCUUUUCCAAGUGCCCAGACCCUCCCUGUCGCUGCUCCCCAGCCAGGGGUUAGAAGUGGGGAGCAAUGUCACCCUGCGCUGCCACCUGCCCCGUCCAGCUGCCUGGGUCUCGCUGCACCAGGAGGGAGUUUGGACAUUGUCCAGGUACAUUGACAAGGAGCAGGACAUGGCAGAGUUCUCCUUCCCUAGCAUAAUGAGGAAACACGCAGGUACAUAUUGGUGCCAGUACGAGGUGUCUGGUUAUGAGGACAUAUCAGCGAGGAGUGACCCUGUGGAUCUGGUGCUGACAGAUCACAGCUUUCCCCCACCCAACGUCUCUCUUCACCCCGAGGAACGUGUGGGGACAGGGACCAAUGUCACCAUCCGCUGCUGGAACGAGGACUAUGGGGCCACCUUCCUCCUGCAC